CAUACUUUUGAGACAAUGACAAAAUUUGUACAGAGAAUGUUGAAUACAAAACACGGAAUAUGUAGCUAUUAAAUUGGUAUUGCUGUGAUUAUCAGAAUCUCUGUUGACCUUUGUCCACGGUGUUCUACUUUGACACAUGACCUCUCCUUCCAUCAUGGGUGAGAAAAAGGAAGGAGAGGGGGAAACCCACUCCAACCCCUCAACCCCUACCCAUCGACGCAAGCGCUCGUCCAUGGACAACGACAAGCAGGAGGAUGGGGAGCAUGAAACCAGACGCACCAAGUCUCGCAAAAGCAAUCUGGAAUCGCGAACGGAGCGUAAUAGUGACGGUGAGGUGGUGCUUUACAGGGCAAAGGACGGCACUGAGUAUGAAGUUGGAGAUGAUGUCUAUAUGGAAAGUCCAAGAGCUGAAAUGCCUUAUUUCAUCUGUGCUGUCCAUGAAUUCAAAGUGAGCAAGAGAGACAACGUUCAUGUGGUUGUGAAAUGGUAUUAUCGCCAAUCAGAAGUCCCUGAUUCUGUCUACCAGCUUCUUAUGCAGGAUAGGCAUGUUGAAAACAAUUCUGGUCAAGCCCUUGUAACUGCAGAUCCCAUUGCCAAGAACAGGGAGCUCUUCAUUUCGGAUACCAUAGAAACAUAUCCAGUAUCUGCUCUGAGACGGAAGUGCACUGUGUACCAUUUCAAGGACAUCCAUGAAGCUAAGGACUUUGAGGUUAUAUCAAACAAUUUCUUCUACAUCCUCAGCUACAACCCAGAAACAAGACGACUUGCCGGUACCCAGGGCGAGAUCAGGGUUGGACCCAGUCACCAGGCCGUGCUACCAGACAUCAAGCCUAAGCUACGCCCUUCCAGGGGUACCAACCUAGACUUUGAAGAACUCAGCUGGAUGCCAGAUGUCAUGAAUGAUGUCGAUCUCAAGAUGUAUCUCCAAGCUGCCAGGAGUAUGGCAGCCUUUGUUGGAAUGUGUGAUGGGGGCUCCCCUGAAGAAGGAUGCGAUGUAGCAUCUAAGGAUGAUACCACCAUCAACGCUAUCACUGUGCUUCAUGAGAACCACUAUAACACUGGGAAGGCAUUGCAGGAGCUGGUUAAAUGCCCAGUCCCGAGAUCUAUUGACAAGAAAUGGACAGACGAGGAAACGAAACUGUUCAUCAGGGGACUACGACAGUUUGGCAAGAACUUCUUCAGGAUCAGGAGAGAUUUCUUGCAACACAAGGAUACAAGAGACCUGGUUGAGUUUUACUACUACUGGAAGAAGACCCCUGAGGCUAAUCAUCAUCGCAUCUACAGGCGCCACCGCAGGCAAAGUGUACUUAGUCGCAGGAAUUAUGGACGCAACAUCAGACCACCUUCUAGUGAAUUCUUGGAUCUGAGUUCCGCCAGUGAAUGUGACUUGGACAGUGAUGACAGUGAAAAGAAUUUCAGCGGCUAUGCAUGCAGACAUUGCUUUACAACAAGUUCUAAGGAUUGGCACCAUGGUGGAAGAGACAGAGUUCUGCUGUGUACAGAUUGUAGAGUGUACUUCAAGAAGUAUGGUAUCCUACGACCAAUCCAGAACCCUGGUGCUCCACCUGCCUUCAUGUUCAAGCCUGUCAGGGAAGGAGAGUCCUUUGACGUCAAGAAGAAUCUACGCACUAGGAGACACAGGGAACUGGUGAACAGCUCAUCCCGUGCUGGGCGUAACAAGCACCUGGAUGGUGUAGCCAGUGAACCCAGCAGUCCUCUCAAUCACAGGAGAGGUAGCGGUACCUUCAGCCAUAACUCACCCAGUGAGCUGAGCACCUCUAGUGAGGGCAGCAACAACUCUAAGAAGAUCAAGGUGGAGAGUGACCAAGGUCCGGACAGCCCAGCCAGCCUGCCACCAAGGAUUAAGCAAGAAGACCCAGAAGAAGAGGAGAUGGAGGAAAUGGAAGACUUGCUAGAGCAGGGGGUAGAACCAGAGGAUGAAGAGGAGGAGGAGGAAGAAGAAGAGGAGGAGGAGGAAGAGGGAGAUGGAGAAGAUGAAGAGGAGGAAGAAGAAGAGGAGGAGGAGGAGGAGAAGAUGGAGAUUCGGAUGAACAUUCAAGAUGUGGAAGCAGAUGUUCAGAAUGAUGAACCAUUUGAAGGACCACCAACAUGCCUAGAUGCUAGCCAGCAAAAAGAUCUGGAGAAGGAAAUGCAGCCUCAGCCCCCUGUGGUUGAGGCUGCUGAAGUCAAAAAGAUGCUUGUGAUCAAGAAAGAGCCUGUAGAAGAAGAGCCAGCCCCAGAACCUGUCAUGCCAGCAGCUGUUCCCUCACCCGUACCUCAGAGGUUCACCCUCCCAACCCCCAUCAUGCCCGUUAUUCUACCUCCAGGAGAGAAGAAGGGCGAGGCACAAUCUUCACCCCAUGGAGGGGUGCACCAGGUGUCUACCGCUAGCACCCCUCAUGGACCAGCUGUGGUGCUGCCACCCUUCACAUCCACAGCAGGUCUCUUCUCCCCAUUGGCCAUGGCUCAGGUUAGGCGAGGUGGAGAGACUGGAGACAAAGAAGCUAGGAGGGAGAGGAGCUUUGAGACAAGUUUUGUGGACCACAUGAUCCGCACGGAGCUGGAAGCGAAGGAUCCCUCUCCGAAGCGAGAACCGGAGGAGGAGAAGGCAAGGAGCACUCCCACCGACAGAAAGGACACACCUCUUGCCCCGCCUCCUCCCAUGUACCCUAUUGGUUUCCCCAGUGCCACGCCCAUGCCGGGGAUGAUAGGUAUGCCAGGUAUGCCUCUCAUUCCUGGUAUGUCCAUGCCUCACAUCAAGGAAUUGCAGGCUCAUUACCAGAACAGGGACCAAAGAAACGAGAAUCCAGAUCGACAGUCUCUCAUAAGAGAGGCUUCAGCAGCUUGGAGGCAGUCUGAGGAAGGGAGAAGGCCAGAAGAUCUGGAAAGAAGUGAAGCUUAUCGUCCUAGCAGGGAUCACGAUCGUCCACGCUCUGUUGAUGGAAAGGGUUCGGAGAGGAGCAGCAGGAAUGAGUCUGAAUCCGACAGAGAUCGUCCAAGCCAAGAUAGGGAGAAGGAGAGGGACAUGGAACGUAGCAGGGGAAGACUGGAUCCUCCACCUUUGGUCUACAGAGAAGGAUUACCAAGUUUCCCACAUCAUGGUGUUGGAAUGCCUCAGAUGUACCCAAGGGGCGAGUCUGCUUACAUGCCUUAUGGAAAGGAACGUCCUCCCAAACCAGGGGAGAAUCUAACGCCCCCAUUGAGACGAGAUCAUGAUGGUCGUGACAAGGAACAAGAGAGUGUGCCCAAACCCAGGGAAAGUCCUUUGGAGAAAGAUAGAGGAAGGCCGAACUCUCCUCACCGAGAGGCAGAAGGGAAAUCAAGCAAGAUGCUACCAGACCAACGGCCAGGGGCAUAUCCUCCACAAUCCCUUCCUUCUCAAGAGCCAAUCAUGGUGGGUAAUAUGCGUAUCAAGCAAGAGAUGCCAACCUAUAGCUACCCUCAGUAUCCCCCCUUUGAGCACCGACCAGGUCAUCCUGACGCUGCAAAAGGUGUACCUCCUUACCCGCCCCCCAACCAGCCCCUCCCACUCAACCAGCCCCUCCCACCCAACCAGCCCCUCCCACCCUCCCAACCCGCUACAUCAGCUGCUGCUGGUGACAAGGGCUCGUUCGAUAUCUCCAAGGUGAAGGCUGAAUUUGAGGCUGCGCAUAGGAGCAUCAUGGGUGACCCGAAGCGUAUGCAGCAGACAUCUGUCAUCACCGAAAACAGACUUGCCCCUGGAGGAUCACCAUCUGCUCCUCUUGUCCCACCCAUGCUGCAUCCAACUCUGAGGUUCCCCGAUGGUGCAGUGAAAGUCAAAACAGAGACUGGCAUCGAUGAAGAGGCACAGAAACCUCGAGAAAUUAAAGAAGAGAUGAAGGAGCCUGAUAGCGAGAAGAAAGAUGGAGAAAAGACAGAGGAAGAGGAAGAAGAAGAAGAGGAAGAAUAUGAGGAUCUUGGUAAUCGCUCUCCAUCUCCUGAGCCUAUGAUGGUGGAUAGACUACUUCACACAAGUUCCUCUGCCAAAUUCAUACGCCACUGGUCCCGAAGGAACAACUCAUGCAGUCGAACUGAUCUCCUGUUCUCACCCCGAGAAGAUUCCAAAUGGAUGCGUCGAUGCAGGGACCGUGAACGUAAGAAGCGUUCUAGUAUCAGCCACGAGGCAGACAGGGAGAGGAGCUCUUCGACCAGCCGGGAUGAAAAGAGUGCUGAAGCAAAUGAUAGAGUAGCUAGACGACCUGAAACCCCACCAGAGAAUACCAGUGCAGAUGCCCAGGUGAUAAGUUCUUUCACUUCUACUCCAGCACCAAGCACCCCAGGGUAUCCUGCGCCACCAGGAUCUAGGCAGGGGCAAUACCCUGGUCCUGAGACACCAGCCCUGCGCACACUCAGUGAAUAUGCUAGACCGCACUCCAACAACAACAACCUGCCUCCUGGCAUGCUGCCGAACUUGAUCGGACCUGACCCCAUCCUGCGGUACCAGCUGGAGUCUGCCUACGUGAUGGGAAACAGAGAUGCACAGAUCGACUUGGUUGAACGGGAGAUGAGGGAAAGGGAACUUCGUGAGAGGGAGAUACAGGAGCUGAGAGAGAGGGAGUACCAGGGGAUGCGAGAGAUGGAGAUGAGGGAGAUGAGGGAGAUGGAGAUGCGACAGAAGAUGGGUUAUGAACAGAUGUACGGGAUGCGGCAGGAUGGGGUACCUAUGAAUGCUUUCAUGGCACAGGAAGCCCAGGCUGCUCAUGCAUCAGCUGUGCAGCAGGCCCAUGCUGCUCAGGCGGCUCAUGCAGCGCAGGUUGCCCAUGCCCAGGCCACUCAUGCUCAGGCUGCUCACGUGCAGGCGGCUAGGGAGGCACAGUCGGCUCAUGUCCAGGCUGCCCACGUCCAAGCUGCCAGAGAGGCACAAGCACAAGCUGCUCAUGCUCAGGCAGCUCUUGUUCAAGCAACCAGAGACGUUCAUGCAGUGAGAGAGGCUCAGGCAGUGAGGGAGGCUGUAGUCGCAAGAGAAGUACAGGCCGCUAGAGAAGUGCAAGUUGCAAGGGAAGUACAGGCAGCAAGGGAAGUGCAAGCUCAACGUGAAGCGCAGGCUACACGAGAAGCGCAUGCUGCUCGUGAAGCACAAGCGAACAGGGAAGCACAAGCUAACAGGGAAGCCCAGGCUGCACGCGAAGCUCAGGCAGCUAGGGAAGCACAGGCUGCUAGAGAGGCACAGGCUGCCCGUGAAGCCCAAGCAGCCAGGGAAGCCCAAGCUGCAAGAGAGGCCCAGAAAGCAAGAGAAGCUAAGGCUGCCCGGGAGGCUCAGGCUGCAAGGGAAGCACAGGCAGCACGUGAGGCUCGUGAGAGAGAAGCUAGGGAAGCCCGUGAGCGUGAGGCUCGCUCCGUUCACUCCGCUGAACCUCCCCACCCUGUCAUGCAUCCUGUAGCUGCAGCAUACCUACAGGCAGUUGAUAGGGACAGACAUAUGAUGGGCCCACCUCAAAGCGGGGAACAUUUGGCUAAUGCAGAGCGCCUGAAUACGGAGCGUUUGCAUUCAGAGCGAAUGGCUAUGAUAGUUGACCCCAGGAUUGACCCUCGUCUGGAUCCCAGGAUAGAUCCAAGGGUUGAUCCAAGAAUAGAUCCCAGAGUAGAUCCCAGAGUCAGCCCAUGCUCAGAGCAUGCUAUUGACCCUAGAUGUGACCCUAGAUGUGACCCAAGGGUAAAUCCUGGUGUCUCCACCCCUACCAGCCGAAUCCCUACCCCUCACCAUCAUUCCCACUCGCAUUCCCACACACACCUACAUUUCCAUCCUCAAGAACACAUCCACCAUACCUACAUCCCUCCCUCAGGGGACCCUAACAUUGUACCCCCUCACAUCCCCUUUGGACCACCCCCAGUCCCUCUUCCCCCACAUGCAAUGGUGAGCCCUGUGCCUCCUCCACCUGGUGCCGUACCCCACCCUCGCAUGUUUGCCCCGCCCCAUGGUAUCAUAGGGGACCCAGUGGCUGAACAGCUCCAUAGGGAGCAGAUGCAGAGGCAAAUGCUAUCAGAUAGACCACCCCAUAUCUAAGCUGCCUUCUUUGCCAAGAUCAAGCACAAAACAUGUCCAUUGCCAGCAAGAAUCGUGCAGAAAACCAUGUUAUACUUUCAGAGGCAACUGCAUUGCGGGAAUGCCAAUUAUUAGGAAAUGUACAUGUUGUUAAAAACUUUUGAAAGUGUAUCGUCUGUAAAACCAUAUAAUGGGCAUGCUUUCCAGUCGUUGAUUCCUUUAGAAACUGGAUAUAGAUAUAUUGCAAGGUCAGAGAUUCUGUGCCCUUUCCUGUAAUAUACAUGUUGUAUACUGGUCAUGCCUGCCUUCGUGUUCAUCUUAUGAGGUACAUCUGCAGACUGCACUUUUCAAUGUAUGAAAUGAUACUGAAAUAAUUCUGUAUCUGUAUAGAAUUAAUAUAUAUGUGAUUGUGAUUCAUGAAGAUGUGUACCUAGACUUUUCACUUGGUGUAAAGGAGCUUGAGAAUCAUCUAUUUUUUAGGAAGAAAUAGGAUGAGGAAUUUUACAAUAUGCUUUUGUGGUGUGUCCGUGUAAAAAUUUGUUAAUUGUCUUGUUUUAGGAUUAAUCUAGAAAAUUGCCUUGGGAUCAUACUUGAAUCAUCUGGGACCCGUUUCACAAAGCCUUUUUUCAAUAACAAAUGACAAAAAUCAGUGACAAAUCUGCUGAUGACCAAUCAGAAGCAAGGAUUUCAGUAGCUUAUAACAAAAACUGUCAUUCGUCACUGAUGACUAGUUUUGUGAAACGCCCCCCCCCCCCCUGGGCUAUGUCCAAAAGCAGAUUUGUAUCUUUGAUUCUAAGUUUGUUUGAAUCCCUUGCUCUCUACUUUGAGAUAUCUUGAAGUUCUAUGAGAAGCUGCAUAGCAUGUCAAUCGUGAAUGUCUCAUAUUUUGGGCGUAAGAUAUUACACUGACUAUCCCACACACAGCGGGAAGUAAAUGAGAGUCGAACAGUGAGAGAAAAUGAAUGGAACACAUGGUUUUAUACAUGUGGUACAUACAAAUAUGAGAGGGCAAACAGGAAUUGCAAUGGUUGAAAUAUAAUCUGAUUUCCUGAUCAGAUCUGAUGGGUCGUUGUGGGGGUAAGGGGAGGCAUCACUCUUGCCUCAACGCCGCAGGGGCGUUUCACAAAACUUGUCAUCAGUGACAAAUGACAGUUUUUGUUAUAAGCUACUGAAAUCCUUGUUCUGAUUGGUUAUCAGCAGAUUCGUCACUGAUUUUUAUCAUUGAAAAAAGGCUUUGUGAAAUGCCCCCCAGGCUUAAUGUAGCACUCCGGCUUAGAAGUUUCCAGCAUAUAACCUUAAACUAAACUAUUUGUAAAUGAAAAGUAAUAUAAUUCUUUGUAAAUGUGUAUUGUACAGAUUUAAUCAAAGUCUAUUGAAACAAAGUCAAACCACACCAAUAAAAAAGGUGCCUGUGUAUAUUCUUACUUAGUUCUAUAAUUUGACUUAAGUUCACAAAUCAUGCUUUUCAGACAAUGUGUUGAUCAGUUUUGAUGACUUCUGAUGUAAAUAUAUGUAAAUGAUAUGUCGGGAAAUUCUAUAACCAAUAGCCAGUUAAUCCAGACAUUUUUUCAUAAUUAUGUGCAUUUUUUUUAUUGAAAAUAUGAUGCUUCUCUACGUGACUUCUUUAAAUACUGAUGGCUGUAAUCAUGUAAUCACUCUUUUUUCUACUUUAGCAAGCUUGGGAAGGGAAUAUUGUAUAUAAAAGCAUGGAAGAGAGAAAAUACAUGUAAUCUGAUAAAUACUGGAAUAUUUAUGAGAGAUUGAAUGGAAUAACUAAAGAUUGUCAUCUUUUCAUGUACCGUCGACAUCAUUGAAUGAUAAAGAAAGGAGAAUGUGAAGAAGAAAAGCUGUAAUGGUUAUGAGUCCUGAACAGGACUAUAGUUUGUAGAUAAUAGACUUGGUUACUAAUGCAUUGAAGCACUCCAACACUAGAUCCGGCACCCGUGUAUACCCGCUCAUGCACGCGCUCAAUCUCCUCCGCACUGGCAAAGCAAUCAACACUCUCUGAUAUGAAGGAAGAUUAAUAAUUCUAUUUCACUCCCAAGUGUUUAAGUUGUACAAAAUCUUUAUGAAUCGUCAACACAUCAAUCAUGCUCAGAAAACAUAAAUCAUGAAUCAAAUUCUAAUUACCGAUUAAGCUGGAUUAUCAAUCGUAUUUCCUAAGCAUCUCAGAAUCAUGUCUUUACACAGAUAUACUCUGAUCGCUGGCCUUGAUUUACGUCCAAAAUCGGCAUGUUUGUACAGAAUUUCAAAAUACUGUUACUUUCUGCUACUUUCUGUUACUUUCCAGGUUUUUCUAUAUAUGUGCUUCUGUAGAAAACGCACCAUAAACCGAUUGAAACACAAAAACUAAGGGAAUGACGAGCCUGUCUAGAGUGGUGAAUUUUUCUGGGUAUGCUCACUUUGUCAGUUCUGUAGAAACUCUUCCAUUCUUUAUAGCAUUCGAAUUUAAGGUCAUGCGACACAAUGCAUCAUAAACCAAUGCAUUAUUGCAUAGUGCACACAGCGCCCACUUUCCCUGACAUCUAGCGUACCUGGUAAAGUCUGUUAACUGCGCGAAGAAACAGUUUAAUAUGCUUAUCGUAUGUAGGAACAAACAGGUUGCAUUUUGUGAACGUCUACUUUCUGGGUCUAUUCUGGGUUAUUUUCCAGGGUUUCCUGUAGAAGCAUGCUGAUAGCUGUGGUAUGAAAAGCUACAUUGGGAAUGCAUGAAGGUCGGUUAAUUGCUGAAACAAAAUAUAUCCAGUGUCAUUAGGAUCUACAGCUACAGUAGUAUCUAUUACUACAACACACUAAUUAUAUAGGCUAAAUUAAAAUCAUAUAAUACCUGUCUCAUAAAUCGGAUUACAAAUCAACCCAUUGAUUCUUGGAAUGAGGUGGCUCCUAUAUUGAGCCUGUGCAAUCAAACAAUUCAGAAGUCAACAGGUUAAGAAUCACCAAUUUCACCAUCAAUUGUCGAUCAAGGUCUUGAUCUUGAAUUGUUACUACAGUCACAUUGUGUUUGUUCAGCUUACUUUCAGACCUUUACAAAACAUUGAAAUGCGAAAAAGCUGACAAAUAGGUGGACAACGUCUUUGUUCUUUAUUUGUUUUUAGUGACUAUUAUCAUGAAAAUAUAGAUUGUUUUGUUGGUUUCCCUUUGGCUGUAGAGUUCCUUGACAGUGUUGACUAUGGUACUGCAAGCGCAGGAGCCUUGAUAAGAAUGUUUGUGUACAGAAACAAGAAGAUGUUUGAUUGUGCAAAUAAUGAAUUGAAUGUAUUAUGAUGUAAAUAAGAAAAAAAAUUAGAUUAUGAUAACUUGAUUAUUUUAAUGGCUUAUGUGAAAAUCAUGUCCAGUUUUAGUAUUUGUGUUUUGUGUAACGACAAAUGGUGUAGGUUAUGAUUUAAAGAGAAAUAAAUCUAUGAUAUAAGUAGGUAAAA